AUGUGUAAACACGUCCUGAAUGCCCAGGUCGCUAUCCGCGCUCCUUGCUGCAAGCAAUGGUUCGACUGUGCCGAAUGCCACGCGGAGACACAAGAUCACCGGCUGCAGAAGACGUCGGAGAUGACCUUCAUGUGCAAGAAGUGCAAGAAGGCGUUCCGGAAAGACAUGGCUAAUUACGAGGAGAGCGACGAGUUCUGUCCCCACUGCGACAACCACUACGUCAUCGACGCAAAGACGCCGCAGGCUGUGUUGGGUGUUGAGGGAGACGACCCGAGGAUAAAUGCACGGAUGCUGAGAGAUGAGAGGGCGAAGCAGGAUCCUUCGCGAUCUCUGUUCGCGCAGGACCUUUCUGAUAGGAUUGGCUGA